UACAUGACACACAAAUAUACAGAUACAAAGCAUUGCAUCCUGAUUUUGUAAGCAAGUUCAUGCGUUUUAACGUAUUUAUAACUGGAUACGUACAUCGCGAUUCUUCUCUAUGCCUAAUGAUAAAACCGUGAUAGCAGAUAAAAAAAGAUAGAAGAUAAAUGACUAAGUGAGAGGGAGAGUAGAGAGAGAAUGAGUGAGAAUGAAUAAAAGAGGAGAGAGAAGAAAAGUAGGGGGACAGGUUGUGCGCAAUCGGCCGGAGUCAGUCAGUGGCGGACUGCGUGGCUGAAUGGUCGGAUUGGUGUUAGUGUUUAAUGACAGUUCCGAUGAAUCAAGUUGGGAUUCUCCGUGUAAAAAUCAUUCAUCUUCGACUACGGCAAUUUUCUUAUACUUCUUACAUCUAGAAUCCAGCCUUUAGCAAAUGAACGGAAUCGAGUGCUAUUAAAAAGCAAAAAAAAAUUUUUUUUUAUUAAUACAAGAAUUCUGUGCGGGAAAGUCACAUGUCAUUCUGUUCGUAAUACGAAAAGUGUAUUAUACAUAAGUGUAGAUAUACGUAUGAUGUGUGAUAUCAUUCUUGAGAAUUACUGCGAUCAUACGAUAAAGGAAUAGAGAUAGGCACGGGGAGAUCGCAAAUAAUCGUACCGCAGUCCACCAUAUUGCGAUUGGUAUUAAGAAAGUUACCAAGGAUCAAAUUAAGUAUAUAUAAGAAAAUGAUCACGCGUAAAGCAUGCUUUAUAAUAUUGGCUAUUGUUUUGGGUAAUGUUUCCGCUUCUCAUUGCCCUAUGAAUCAAAAUUGCAUCUGUCAGCCGAAUCAUGAUGGAGGAAUCGAGAUAAAUUGUUCAAUGAAAAAUGAGUCUUCGUUUAUCGUGAAUAUUCAGCCAGGCCAAUAUCUAAAGAUUGAAUGUAUUAACUCGCCAGAGUGGUCAGAUUUCCAUUUAGACGUAUCGUCCUUGACGAAGAAUGACGAUAUCAAGUCGAUAUAUUUCCGCAUGUGCAAUUUACCGACCAACAGCAGUUUGGGUGAAAUCACGCGAAUGCUGGGAAUUGGAACCAGCGUGGAAAAAUUAUCCUUUCAGUCGUACAAGAAUUUAAGCUUCACCCUAGUAAAGCAUCAUUUGGAUGACUUCGAGAAUUUGAAGUAUCUGACCUUAUCGAGUAACAACGUGACCUAUGUAGAUAAAGAUCUGUUAGCCGGCCUAGUUAACUUGACAGGGCUUGACUUGCGUGAAAACAAUUUACACUUAGCCUCCGGAUUUUUCAAUUAUAACCCCGGAUUGCAGUGGAUUGAAUUGGGCGACAACGAUCUGCAGUCGAUAGCACUAGGCACGUUUGAUAAUCUUAAAAAUCUAACGUUUCUCAAUCUGUGGAAAAAUCACUUGACCACACUUCAGUCCGGAAUUUUUGACAAACUUGUCACUCUCAAGACCCUCGAUCUCAACACAAAUUACCUGGUCACGUUACCAGAAGAUAUUUUUGCAAAACUCAAAAAUCUUGAAGUUCUUAACUUAUCUCGAAACAACUUUACACAUUUACCGAGGAAUCUGUUACAAAAUAACACAAAAUUACGUGUUGUCACUUUACUUGAUAACAAGCAAAAUAUGACAACUCUGCCAAAUGGAUUGUUUGCUAAUUUAAUAGAACUGAAGGUGCUGAACUUGAAAAAAAAUGGACUUGUUACAUUGCCGGAAGAUCUUUUUUGGGGGUCUUCUUCAUUGACUAAUAUCUCUUUGGAACGAAAUUAUCUUACAACUCUACCUGUACACAUAUUCCAGGAUUUGAAUGAACUCCAAGAGUUGAAACUAAAUUUUAACGAUCUCGAAAAAUUGCCUGAUUAUAUCUUCUCAGAUAAUAAGGAAUUAAUAACGUUAGAUUUAUCAAAAAAUCGGCUUACUUCUAUCUCCAAGCAUCUAUUCCAAGGAUUACAAAAGUUACAGAAACUAAAUAUGGAGCAAAAUCAGCUAAUAAUCAUUGAUGACUACGGUUUUAGUCCUUUAAAACAAUUGAAGAUUGCCAAAUUAUCUAACAAUUAUCUCACGUUACAACGUACUUUUGACGAUUAUCCUAAUGAAUAUAGAACAAAGUCGCCUUUCCACGAUUGCGAAUCGUUAGAGGAAUUAUACUUGGCCAAUAAUAGUAUUUCGGAAAUAUGUAGCGAUUGGGUUAUGAGCACGACACAACUCCGAAAAUUAGAUCUCAAAUAUAAUAAUAUAUCUAUUAUAACCACAGAAGAUAUGCAGUUUAUAUCAAAUAACAUCAAAGUGGAUUUAACACAUAAUAAAAUCCAACAUAUCCUUUUACGCGACGCUGAAGAGAUUGCGAGUUAUCAAGCAGCUAGGCAUGAUGCAAUAAUACUAGUGGAAGAUAAUCCGUUACAUUGCGAUUGUAACUUAUAUGACUUUCUGCGUUAUAUCGAAGGUAGAAUGCAUCCUAAAGUCCAAAAUUAUUUUCACAUAAUACCAGGACAUUUGACUUGUCAAACACCAGAGAAUCUGAAGAAUGUGCGCGUUAAGGAUUUGAGAUCUGAAUUAUUAACGUGCCUAAUAAUGGAUCCUGAUGUAUGUCCCGAAAACUGCAACUGUUUUCUAAGGCCCGAGGAUAAAACAUUCAUAUAUGAUUUCUCUCAUAAAAAAUUGACUAGUGUCAAUUUACCAAGCAACAUUAAAAAACUUGACAAUUCUUUGCAAGUUGAACUAAAUUUCUCCGAUAAUCAAUUAACUCAAAUGCCAAAUUUGAAAACAUUGGGGUUUGAAUCAGUUAAGAAACUUAUUUUAUCUCACAAUAACAUCUCUGAAAUUUCUUUGGAUGGAUUGUCUAAUACGUUACAGGUCUUAGAACUAAAUAAUAAUAAUCUAACAAGAAUACAGCCUGACGUGUUAGAGUUCUUGAAACAAUCUACGAAUUUAACUCGAUUGGCAUUAUAUGAAAACCCAUGGGAAUGUGACUGUGAGGCUAAGGAUUUCUUGAAUUUUAUUCAAACGAAAUUCGUGACAAUAUCCGGUCUGCUUGAAGUGAUGUGUUCGGGAAAAAAUAAUUCUAUAACGGAAAUGAGUGUGAUUGAUUUUUGUCCGUUUAAUACGACAGCGAUUAUCAGCGUUAGUGUAGCGAUUUCUCUUAUGGGAUUAUUUAUCGGCAUCUUUGGAUUACUUUAUUAUAAGUAUCAACGGCAAAUUAAAGUAUGGCUUUUCGCACAUAAGUGGUGUUUGUGGUUUGUCACAGAAGAGGAAUUGGAUAAGGAUAAAUUGUACGAUGCGUUCGUGAGCUACUCACACAAGGAUCACGAUUUUGUCGUAAAUGAACUAGUGCCAAAAUUAGAGAAAGGUCCGACGCCGUUCAAGCUGUGCCUUCAUUAUCGAGAUUGGUUAGCAGGCGAAUGGAUACCAGCGAAUAUCGCUAGAUCUGUAGAAGAUUCCAGACGAACAAUAGUGGUGCUAUCGCCGAAUUUCAUGGAGAGUGUUUGGGGAAGAAUGGAAUUUCGGGCCGCCCAUAGCCAAGCAUUGAGCGAAGGUCGAGCACGAGUGAUAUUGAUUCUGUACGGUGACGUCGGGCCCACCGAUGAUUUGGAUCCAGAAUUGAAGGCGUAUAUAAGUAUGAAUACAUAUGUCAAAUGGGGAGAUCCUUGGUUUUGGGAUAAAUUGAGAUACGCGCUGCCACAUCAAACCAAAUUUCCGAGGGACAGUAUCGCCGGAAAAAAAAUCUUCGAGAAUCACCAAUUGUGUAUUCAAACGAACGGUGAUAAAAAAGAACUCAUCUAUCCGAUUGGACUCCCGGAGACUCCACCGAAUACUACACCGCCGGCCGAGACGCUUAAAAAGUUUAUAUGCGACAAAGAAGAACAAUUAUUUCUAAAUGAGUAUACACCCAAUGAAGCGUGUAAGUUGAACGAAAACAUUGCGAUUAUUCUUACACCAGAACAUUUAAUAAAACAUAGUAAUGGAGAUUGUGUUGUUUGAGCACAAAGAUAAAAACACUCAUAAAAAGC